AACUUUCAUCAUCUUGUACAGAGUGGAAUCAAAGAUGUCUCCCAAAUUGACGAUUCUCUUUUUUGCCGCGUUCCUGUUCGUGGCUCGUGCAGUUCCGGUCUCCGAAGACGACGAUGAUAAUGUUGAUGACGUCUUAGAGGAAGCUGAACGCGCAGACGACAAUAAUGUCGACUUGAGUGAUUUGACCGAGGAGGACAUCCGUGAUAUCGUGCAGCAUGUCCAGGAAAAUCUCAGACGAGCAGUCGACGAAAUGAGCCUAGACGAGGUUGAGAUGGUCCACGACGAAAAGAGUCUCAAGAAGAGAUUUUUGAAGAACUGGAAACUUGGAGGAGGCUGGUCCGCCGGAACCAGUGGAGUAUCGUGGAUUAACGACAAAGGAAACAUGAAGUUUAACGUCAAACCUACAUUCAAAGGUCUUAAACCGGACGGGUUUAGGGCAGGCUUCACGUGGAGAUUCUAAACCUAUUAACUCGUUUACAGCUUUACCAACAUAAAUAAAUGUAUAAAAUUCAUAAUA